AGCUUCCCAUUUUUUUGGGAAUUCCCAUUGGGUUCCGUCGCUAAGUCGUCCUUCCCAGAAAUGCAUCACAAUUUUCAGGCCAUUGUCAACACAUUUGCCGACGUGAAACCACUUUGCUUGGGUUUUAAUCCAGAUGGCAAUGCGACUAUCAGCGAUUUGAAGUCUCGUCUGCAAUCUAUCACAAGCAUUCAGUUGGCGGACCAAAGAGUCACAACCCUCGGAGGGAAGGACCUUGACGACUCGGCCCCGAUUUUCAACGAAAAUGACACCUGCGGACCCAUUGUCUACAACUUAUCCAUUCGUAUGAUUGGAGGAAAGGGAGGUUUUGGCUCUAUGCUUCGUGCUCAGGGUGGCCGCAUGAACGCGCAGAAGAGUACGAAUUUCGACGCGUGCCGAGAUCUUCAAGGUCGUCGAGUCAAAGAUGUUAACGACGCUAAAAAACUAGCGGAAUAUUUGGAAUCACUGCCCGAGCGCGAAAAAGAACAGGCCGAGAAACUGAAGCAAAAGAUUGAGAAGGCUCUGGAAGCCCCUCCUACCAAGAAGUAUCGGUUUGACGAUAACAAGUUUAUGGAAGAUCGCGAACAGGUCAUUGAAGAUGUUAAAUCAGCUGUUAGUGAACUCAUGAAAAGCGCAGCUUCAAGUACAUCUCGACAAAAAGCACCAAAGGCCACUGUUGCUGUUAUGUCUGUCUUUGAUGAAGAUGAAGAUGAAGAUGAAGAUGAAGAUGAAGACGAAGAAACUAUGGGUGAACCAAGCAGCGCCUCUUCUUCGGAGAAUGUUGCCGAACAGCCUUCAAAGGACUUUAAAGGAAAAGGCAAGGCUAAGGAAAGCACUGAUGUCGCUGAUGCUGAAGAAGCAGACAAGGACGAAAAGACUGACCUAGCAGCCUUCAUGGAAGCUGACUUGGAUGAUUAUGACAGCGAAGACGAUGAAGAAUUUGAGGCUGCCUCCAAUGAGAGCGAAUCAAGCGACGAUAUUGACGAUGAAGACCUUGUUGACGAGGAUGACAUUAGCGAUGAUGAAGUUCCCCAACCAAAGUCAAAGGCUCAGUCGUCUUCUAGUGCUACCAAGGGCAAAGGAAAGGAGACUCGUAAACGCAAGGAAAGAGACGAUUAACUGUUCCAGCUGAUCAAUCUCAUUUCAAUUCUAACGUUGAUACCUCAAAAUUUUUGACUUUUACUUUAUCCGAAGUCUCGUAACGUGCGAUGUUUCAACUGCAUCACACUCCAUUUCUUUUUAUUCAUUCAUGUACAUUGCUCUUCUCAUAUUUCAGUUCUACACCUAUACUGUAUCCCGCAUCACUACUAGCUUUAGUAAAAAUUUUAAAUUUUUUUUUUCAAAUCACAGAUACUGAC